AUGUCGAGUCUCCUAGAACCUGUCACCAUCGGCGGAAAGCUCCCUCUGCGAAACCGCGUUGUCAUGGGUUCCAUGACCCGCAAUCGCUGUGUGGAUGAUUAUAAGCCAGGGCCAGCCCAGGUCACCCACUACGCCGACAGAGCGCGAGACGGAACCGGCCUAAUUGUGAACGAAGGCACCUUUGUUGACUGGACGGGCUGUGACUGGAAGUAUUCCCCCUUUAUGAUCACAGAUGACCACGCGGCAGCCUGGCGAGUAGUCACUGAUGCAGUCCACAAGGAAGGGGGCAAGAUCUUCUUCCAAGCCUGGCAUGCAGGUCGGUGCCAGCAUGAUCAAAUGCCGGUCAUGAAGAAGAUGGGGGGCCGAGUGCUUGCUCCAUCUAGCAUUAAGGCCGAUGCGGGGAAAUACCGCGACCUACCAGGUGCGCCUGGACACACAGAGAAUGUUGUGGCUAUUGAGAACCCGCGGGAUGUUGUGGAAACGUUCCGCCGCUCACUGCAGCUAGCCAAAAAGGCAGGGUUUGAUGGCUCGGAGCUCCUGGCUCAAGGUGGAUAUCUGCCCCAGCAAUUUUUGAAUACCCGAGCCAACAAGCGAACUGAUAACUACGGCGGUUCAGUUGAGAACCGAUGCCGCUUCAUUCUGGAGGUCGUCGACGUCAUCAGCGAAAUAUUUGGCGGGCCUGAGUAUGCCUGUGUGAAGCUCAACCCCACUGAUUUCUUAAACGACUCGGUGGUCACUUUCAAGGAGAUGAAAGAGACAUACACGUACCUGAUCAAAGAGUUGGUCACACGCAAGGUUGGGAUCAUCAAUCUGUCCCGUCGUGGUAUUGAUCACAACGGCGGCACAGGUGACUUCUUUGGCCAUAUUCCCCGGCCAACCGAGUACCCUUUGCCUCUUGGCUAUGACCCUGUCUUGGAUUUUGGGCCUCUUGUCAAGUUUCCCGGCAGCCCUUCAAUGCUCAUGGCCAACCAUGACUACACCUUAGAGGAAGCCGAUCGCCUCGUCAAAGAAGGGAAACUGGACUUGAUCACAUUUGGCAGACCCUUCAUCUACAAUCCUGAUAUUAUCUCGCGAAUCAGGCAUGGGAUCCCCCUUUCCGGCAAUACUCGCGACAACACUGUCCAUUAUGGGCCGUACAAAACCCCGGACGAAAACUAUAAUGACUGGCCCUCUGCUAUCAUUGACCGGGAGAAGAUUUAG